CAGGGAAGCACUAGAAACCAGUGGCAGCAAGGAGGCUUUAAAUAUCUGUGUGUGUGUGUGCUUAAUAAGCCUUAUAUUCAUCUGUUUUAACUUAUUUUUGCGUGUAUACGGUCGGGGUCAUUUCACAAAUAUGUCCUCGUUCAGAAAGGCACUGAAAUCUCGACAGAGAAACCACCAUGAAAGAUCUCAGCCCGGCUUCAGGAAACAAUUGGGAUUGCUGGAGAAGAAGAAGGACUACAAACUCCGUGCAGAUGACUAUCAUAAGAAGCAGAACACACUCGCUGCUCUGCGAAAGAAAGCUCUGGAGAAGAACCCGGAUGAAUUUUACUUCAAGAUGAUCAGCUCUGCACUGCAGGAUGGAGUUCACGUAAUUAAAAAACCAAAAGAGCAGGAGGAGGUGACCGAGGAACAGAAGAAAAUGAUGAGGACGCAGGAUAUCAACUACGUGGAGAUGAAAAGGGUUGCAGAAGUUAAGAAAAUUGAGAGGCUGAAAGGAGAGCUCCAUCUUCUGGAUGCAGAGAGCAAACCAAAAAACAAGCACACAUUUUUUGUGGACUCCAAAAAAGAAGUGCAGUCAUUUAACCUGGCGGACCACCUCAACACAGCUCCGGAGCUGGUGGACAGAGUGUACAACAGACCAAGUCUGGGAACACUGGAAACCAAGAGAAUACAGGGAGCUGUAGACCCGCGUGCUCUGGGGAAACUGGCAAAGCAAAGGAAACAUCAAUACAAGAUACUUUCCCAGCGAAUUGACAGAGAAAAGAAAAUGUUUGUCAUCAGCCAGAAAAUUCAGACCCGUAAGGACCUGCAGGAUAAGUUCAAGAAAGUGAAGGUAAAGAAGGAGACCACCAGUUCUGCAGCAAUUUACAAGUUUGAAGCUAAGAGGAAACGUUGACAAGAGGAGGGAAAGAAAAUCACUGUCGGGAGGUGAUACUUGGAAAUAAUGAACUUCUCUCCUAUGGGUCUGCACAGCAGAGGCAAAGGAUAAAAAUUCAGUUUUGUAUAUAUUUAUCAACUAUGCUUAAUUUUUUUCAAAUAAAUAUCAAAAGA